CUCCGGGACCGGCAGCGGCGUGAGAAGUCGGGGGGGGGGGGGGGGGUGGAAAAGAACCAGCGGUUAAACGGUCGGAGCUGGACCCUCCCCGAACCACCACCACCACCCCCCCCCCCCCCCCUCCCUCGUUUCCUCUGCAACGAAUAAUUAAUACGCCAGCGGGAACUUCCACCCCCCACCCCACCCCACCCCACCUCCCAGAGCCUGGGGCACGGGCGCCCUCCUUCCCUCCCCGAGAUGGCGGCGGUGUCAGACCAGGCGAGCGAUAGCGAGGACCCUGUUCCGGAGGCUGAGGGCGGAGGAGGAGGGCGCGCGCUGGAGGCUGAGUUCGAGCGCGCGGCCGCGCACGUGCAGACGCUCGCGCAUGCGGCGGGCCGCGAGACCCUGCUCUACCUGUACAGCCGCUUCAAACAGAACACCCAGUGCGGAGGAUCAAAGUGGGAGAAAUAAAUCUGUGACCAGAUGGAGCGUAGUACUGCAGGCCAAAUUUGGGAAAUGCAACAUUCCAAAGCCUGGAUUCUUCGACUUUGAAGGCAAACAGAAAUGGGAAGCAUGGAAGGCGGUGGGUGAUAUGACUGCACAACAGGCUAUGCAAGAAUAUAUUGCAGCUGUAAAUAAAUUGGACCCAGAGUGGAACCCUCAGGAUUCGGUGAAGGAAUCUGAUCAGAAAUUACGGUUUGGUGGGCCUGUAGUCAGCAGCCUUUAUCAAGAGGAGAUGAUCAGGGACGAAGACAAAACCAUAUUUGAUCAUUGUAGAGAGAACAAUAUUGAUCAUAUUUUAAAAGCCCUUGUAUCCAAGAAUGUGGAUGUUAACUUGAAGGAUGAGGAGGGAAGAGCCCUGCUACAUUGGGCGUGUGAUCGAGGACAUAAAGAUCUGGUUGGUAUGUUGCUCCAACAAAAAGCUGAAAUCAACAGUCAGGACAGUGAAGGACAGACAGCAUUGCAUUAUGCAUCUGCCUGUGAAUUUGCUGAUAUCGUGGAGUUGUUGUUGAAUUCUGGUGCUGAUCCCACCAUCCAGGAUGGGGAAGGAUGCCUCCCUGAAGAGGUGACUGACUCCAAGGACAUCUCGCAGAUGCUGCGACAAUAUGCUGCAUCCAAAGGCUAAUCCCAGGCCUGAUGCCUGACUCCAAAUGGAAACUACAGAAACAAUGAUGUAUUGUAACAUAUUUCAUGGUGAUUGCUACAUUAUAACAUGCAAUAAUUAAACAGUCAUUCACAAA